AUGGCAGGUGCACUGGAGCAUUUUCAACGGUUAUCCGUAAAGUGGUUGACCCUAAAUGGCCACUUAAAGUUUAAAUUGCCUAUGUCCAGUCCGGCUGAAUUUAUUCAAUUCUCUUCCUGCAUUUUUGAUAUGUCUUUUGAACUGCUUAACUCUAAUCCUCGUUUGCUGUCAGCAGCGUUAACCUCUGGAUUCAAAUGUUCGCCGAUGGACGACAGUAUAAUCGAAAACUCCGCCUUCACACUUCUCAAUACCUCACUGAUCGUUCUCUACAUGACAUCUGUGGCACCGAAAUAUUAA